CCAUCCCAGUACGUGUAAGUGACAUGUCAUUCCAGAAGUUGCGUCCCACAUCUAGGCCGUUCUUCAUGGCCAGAAAUAGAAACAGCUUCAAGCUCCCAUCGGGUGGUCGCUUUUUCGAGGUAUAAAGAACCAUGACCAUAAUCUUGCCUCACACUCCAACGCGUUCACUAUCCGCUAUUAGAUAUUCAGCACCCAAAACAACAAUGCAGCUCAUCAACAUUCUUGGCUUGUUCUCCGGCCUUGCCGCCGCAAGCCCCGUCAUCGUCGACAACCUCUCCGACGCCCCCUCCGGCCAUGAAGUCCAGAUUGUCGGCCUGGCCUUUGCCGGCUCGGGCUGCCCUGCGGGCACGGUGUCGGGCCAGCUCUCGUCGGACCUAACGACCAUCACGCUGCUGUACGCCGACUUUGUGGCCCAGGCGGGCAACAACAUGUCGCCGUCGAACUACCGCAAGAACUGCCAGCUCAACGUCAAGCUCAAGUACCCCUCGGGCUGGCAGUUCUCCGUCUUCAAGGCCGACUACCGCGGUUACGCCCAGAUCCCAGAGGGUGACACGGGCACCUGCAAGGCCACCUACUACUUCUCGGGCGACACACGCCAGAUCUCAUCCACCAUGACGAUCCGCGGCCCCUACGACGACAACUACAUCAAGACGGACCAGUUCGGGGUCGAGAGCACCGUGUGGUCGCCGUGCGGCCUCGAGGGCUUGCUCAACAUCAACUCGGAGGUGCGGCUGUCGCCCAUGGACGGGACCAAGCCGGCCCUGAUGACGGUCGACUCGACGGAUCUGCGGUUCCAGCAGGUUCACCAUCUGCAGUGGCAGGUGUGUGAGGAGAGUGAGGAUUGA